GCGUUCCUUUUUGCGUCAUACGUCAUCCGGAACGCUUCAUCUAGCGAUAUUCAUACAGUGUUCUGCAUGAGUGUAUCUGUUUACGUGAGAUGUCUGCCAUGUCUUCGGAGAUGGAGUCUCAGAAUGCAAACCUAAACUGUUCCAUUUGCCUGGAGUUCUUCCGGUAUCCUGUAACCAUCCCCUGCGGUCACACCUUCUGUAAAAACUGCAUCAGCAAGCACUGGGACAUUAAGAGCCAGUCUGACAUUGGCCCUCAGUGCCCCAUCUGCAAUGAGGAGUUCAAAACUAGACCUGUCUUGAGGCGUAAUGUGUCCUUGUCGGUCCUGGCAGAGACUGCAAACAGCGCAGGCCCCUCAUGUAAGGAUCCUCUGGUGAGAGGAGGUGAAGGGGCCAGAGCCAUGCUGCUGUGCGAGCGCCAUAAAAAGCCUUUGGUUUAUUACUGCAGGCAGGACAAAAAGUCUGUGUGCAACGAAUGUGAAAAGUCAGAGUGCGUGAACCAUGAAAGGGUCAUAUUGGAGGAAGAAAGGGAAACUCAAGAGCUGCUGCUGGAAAGGAAGAAUACAGAUGUGGGGAAACUGCUUGAAGAGAUGCAGAAAAGUAUAAAUGACUUGGCUGAGAAUAUCAGUCAAGCUAAGGUAACUCUUGAGCAGACGUCAGCCUGGGUGAACGCCAAGUUUUCUAACCUGAUGAAAAUCCUGUCUGAGAAGCAGGAGGCAACAGCGCUUUUUAUUGAGGUCCAAAAGCAGGCAGCCCUCACGGAGGCGGAGACACGACUAACCGAACUCAGUGAGCGCUUCCGCCUGCUCAGAGAGCGCCAAGACCAAAUUGCGGCACUACAUAACCUCCCUGAUACUGACCUCAUCAGGGAAUCAUCGCACAUAGAAGUCCCCCGCUUCAAGGACAUUUCCACAGAUGUGACUUCGACCCUGCAGGAUCGAUUAAAUGGCGUCACUGACAUCCUCUCCCGAGUGUCUAAGCUGGUGUCUGAAGACUUGGAGAAAGCUGUGACCACCGCUGUGGGUCAUGACAGAGAAGGUUCUCCUCAGGACAAGAGGCCAGUACUCGCUGUGGUUCCCAGCCCUGCUGCUCCGUGCCACCCUGUUGGGAAGGAGGGCCUCAGUGCUUACCGAUGCUCUCUGACCUUUGACCCACGGACAGCCAAUGGGCAUCUAGUUCUUUCCCAGGAGAAUCGCAGGGCUGAGCACUUGACAUCAGGGCCACGCGCUGUCCCCGCACAUGAAGCCCGCUUUGAUCACACCUGGCAGGUGCUCUGCUUUCAGGGAUUCAAACACGGACAGCACUACUGGGAACUGGAGGUGUCCAAGCCUUGGGCCUACCUCGGGGUAACCUACGAGAGCAUCCCCAGGAAGGAGAAGGGCAAGAGAUGCAUGGUGGGAAUGAAUGAACUGUCCUGGAGCCUGCAACUGGACGAGCACCAGCUUAGCGCCUGGCACAAUGGCCGUCGGGAGACCAUCCCCGGCAACUCCCAUCACAGCCGCAUCGGCAUGCUGCUGGACUACGAGGCGGGUACGCUUACCUACUACGGAGACGGGCAGACCAGGCUGCACGCCUUCCACUGUGCCUUCACCCAGGAGCUGUUUCCUGCCUGCUGGAUAGGAGAGGGGGUCAGCAUCACCCUCUGCUCUUCAUGAGCAGACUUGUAAAAGAACAAGUGGAAUUCUAGGAAUACUAUGAAUCAUGGCCACAAUCUGACUUGACAUAAAGGACCCCCUCCUCCCGCCUCCAAACAAUCUAGGAGCUUCUUUUAAAUUCACUUUUCUCUUCUGGGACAACUGCCUUCCUACAUUGUUUUUAGUAGAAGAACUGACUGACUGGGAUUUUCUUUCCUCUAACAUGUUUGCCAUUUGGUUUUGCAUUGUCACUUACCACGAUGUUGCUAAGGAAACAGUUUAUAUGCAUACAUAAUGUGCUUUUAAAAGGAUUUACAGUUUUAGUUCACACUAAUUCAUUUUUUAACAUGUGAUAAAUAAUGUUCGUGUGUCCUAUUUCAGGUAGGAAAAAAAACAGUUACAUUUCAGUGGGUCACACUUUUGAACUUUCAUUACCUAAAAUCAUUUUUAGUUUUCCAUUUUAAGAUGGUGAGCACCCACAAAAGGUGUUCAAGCUUAGAGGAAAAUUACUUCUCAUGAGACACUGAACUCUGCAUACAUGCUGGAUUAUGUCUUUAAUUAGGGCACACCCAUGUUGAAACAAAUGUUCUUUUUUUCCAAAAUAGCAUUACAAUAUAUGCUGUGUGAUUAGUAAAAAGAUACUUACUGAGGUGGAGGUGAAUGCAUCAGUAAUACUGUGUUGUGUUUCUGUGCCAGCACAGGACGACAACUGAACGCACUCGGUCUUACACACAUGUCAGAUUUGAGUGUUCAUGACUCUGCCCUAAAGAAAUGCACUUAAGGCUACAUGAGAAGGUGGAUGAAACUCCAGCAUUUGAAGUUUCUUAUAGGUUGGCGAGGACCUGUUACGCUCAUUCUAUUUGAAAAACAUGAAUUAACUCUAAGGGAAAUUUAUGAUUCUUUUUACCAAAUGUGAAGAUCGAUAUUGUCAAAGUUCAAUUAAAGCAUUAUAUUAGUAGAUUCACCUAUUGUAUCAAUUUGAAUAUCUCGAGUGACUUCACUCAUGAGUUAUCGCUUUCAUAAAGUUUUCAGGAAACUGGACUUUGACCUUGAGGUCGGGGUUACCGAGACAGAAACCAACAGAAAAGUGUAAUGGGUCCACUUUUGUAGCUUUAUGUUCAUCAUACAGAGUGAAUUGUAUCACAUGGAAACUGAUGAAUAUCUGCCUGUGCCACAGCAUAUGUCCACAUACAAAUGAAAACAGCAAAUGUAAAGGGGAUGCUUGGAAAAAAAAUUCAAGGCUCAGAUGUUUAGGGUAAAUAUUGUACUCAUACAUGUCCAAACUUUUCAUUGUGUUUUCUGAUCACUUUCACAUGUAUGCUGAGCUCAUUCUACAGAAGUAUGUGAGCUACUGUAGGUGAAACAAAAAUGUCGCAGGCUGUAGCGUUACUACUGAGAACACAACUGAAAAUCGAAGGCCGCGUUAUCACAUUGCGAUCUGAUCAUGACUGCACAAACAAAUGGUGCUGACUGCUGACAGUGCUGAGCUGGAAUCUGAUGUAUUGUACUGGUGUGUGCAUUUUUUGGGGGCAGAUAAUUUUUAGAUUAUGAGGGUUUACAAAUCUUAGCUGAGAACUUUUAGCACAUUUAAAGUGGGUUACUGCUGUGGAUUUGCACAAGUUUUCUGAAGAUAAGGAACAGCUGAGGAAAAGCACAUUUGGCUGUUUUGGCCUAAUGAUUGGGGGAAAACUUUGUCACUCUUCCUGCUGACUGUUGCAUAUGUUUGUUAGAACUGCUAAUGCACUAUAAUGUGGACUAUUAAAACUUGUGAUAGCAAUACUCUGCUGAAAUAAAGACAGACACUUCUGAAUUCUUUAUUAAAAUCCAGUCCAAUGCAUACAUGCAUCAGUUGAGCUCAUGCCUUGUUUUCUUACUCGAGUUGGUAAUUAUUCAAUAAAUUAGUUUCAAUUAAA